UCCGCACGGCCUGUCAGGGUCUGUGCCGCUUCCCCAUCACGUCCACCCAGUUGCCCUAGUGACUGUGUGACCCUUUCUCCCCCACCCGGCGCUGCCACCGGCCCUAUAAAUAGAGGCGAGGAGCAGCUGGGCUCUCUUGGCAGUCACCAUGAGGGCGCUGGUCCUGCUCUGCUGCUUUGUGGCAUCGCUCCUGCUCCCAGGACAAACAGAACUGCAAGUUUCCGCCUCGGGUGGCACAGAAGAUGUUGGCAAUUUGUUGGAGAAUCAUUUUUCUGCUGGAGAUGCAAGUCUAGAGGAGAAGGAAAGGGCGCUUUAUGCGGAGGCGGCCCCUGGAGAGAAGACCCUGGUCCUUCACCCCCCGGAUGGCAGGGAGGCUGAGAGCUCGGAGCAGACAGCUGCUGGGGCCCCCGCUGCCACUGCAGGCCAGGGCUCUGGUCCCGAAGCCAGCCUCUCCAAUGCCUCAGCCUCAAAGUCAGCUGCCCCCGGGGACCCGGCGGGGCCUGGGGAGCAAGAUGCGGGUCCACCAGGAGGGGAGGACGGGCCUGAGGAACAGCUGGGUUUGGGAGAGGGCCCAGGAGAGGAGGGGGUUCCUGGGGAGGCCGAAGGACAGGCUGGGAGUGGCAUGGUGCCUGAGGAGGCCGAAGAGGUCAUAGGCAGCCACCCCGAGCAGGGGGCAGCAGUAGGGACCACACAGCUUGAAGGCUCAGGGGCCUCUCCAGGCGAGGAGGUCAAGGAGGCUCACUCCCCGGAGACACAACCGGAGGACAGUCCAGGGCCUGAUCAGGAGCCAGACGUGCCAGAUGGAGUCUUGGAGCUGGGCAUAGACACCGAGGAGGGGACGGAGGACCAUGGGGGGCCCAUCCUCACCCUAGCCUUGGAGAUCGGCAGUGCACAGAGCUCCGAGGUAGGGGGCAUCCAGGAGGCCCAGCCCCCCGAGGCCCAGGAACCAGGGCUGCCUGAGGAAGGACCGGAUGCCUCCUCUGAAGAAGAGAGUGGUGACCACAGUGGAGAUGAGGAAGGAGAAGGCGCUCUAUCCGAAGAAUCCGAGGAGGACAGCGGUGAUGGGGCUAGUUCAGAAGAAGAAGAAGAAGAAAAAGAAAAAGAAGAAGAAAAAGAAGAAGAAAGGGGUUCCCUGGAGGAAUCCCAGGAACCCCAGGAAGGAGCAGCAACUACAAGCCCUGGGGACGAAGGGGCCCAACUCAUCUCAGGGGAAUUGAAUGCAGGGCACGAGGGGGACGAGACAAAGGAACCCGAAGAGGGGCCUCCGGAAGAGGCCGAGGAUGUGAGUGAAGAAGUCCCCAUGAGGGACCGCUCCCACAUUGAGAAAACUCUGAUGCUGAAUGAGGACAAGCCCGUUGAUGAUUACUCUGUGGUGCUGCAGCGGCUUCGAAAGAUCUACCAUUCGUCCAUCAAGCCCUUGGAGCAGUCUUACAAAUACAACGAGCUUCGGCAGCACGAGAUCACAGAUGGGGAGAUCACUUCCAAGCCAAUGGUGCUGUUCCUGGGUCCGUGGAGCGUUGGAAAAUCCACCAUGAUAAACUACCUCCUCGGGUUGGAAAACACUCGCUACCAGCUCUAUACAGGUGCCGAGCCCACCACCUCUGAGUUCACGGUCCUCAUGCACGGGCCCAAGCUGAAAACCAUUGAAGGUAUCGUCAUGGCUGCUGAUAGCGCCCGGUCCUUCUCACCCCUCGAGAAGUUUGGCCAGAAUUUCCUGGAGAAGCUCAUCGGCAUUGAGGUUCCCCACAAGCUUCUGGAGCGAGUCACUUUUGUGGACACACCAGGCAUCAUUGAGAACCGCAAGCAGCAAGAAAGAGGUUACCCCUUCAACGACGUGUGCCAGUGGUUCAUCGACAGGGCAGACCUCAUCUUCGUUGUCUUUGACCCAACCAAGCUGGAUGUGGGUCUGGAGCUGGAGAUGCUCUUCCGCCAGCUGAAGGGGCGCGAAUCCCAGAUAAGGAUCAUCCUGAACAAGGCUGACAACCUGGCCACACAGAUGCUCAUGCGGGUCUAUGGGGCCCUCUUCUGGAGCUUGGCCCCGCUCAUCAACGUCACAGAGCCCCCGCGGGUUUACGUCAGCUCCUUCUGGCCACAAGACUACAAGCCCGACACCCACCGGGACCUGUUUCUCAAGGAAGAGAUCUCCCUCCUGGAAGACCUGAACCAGGUGAUCGAGAACAGGUUGGAGAACAAGAUCGCCUUCAUCCGCCAGCACGCCAUCAGGGUCCGCAUUCACGCCCUCCUGGUGGACCGCUAUCUGCAGACUUAUAAGGACAAAAUGACCUUCUUCAGCGACGGAGAACUGGUCUUUAAGGACAUUGUGGAAGACCCUGACAAAUUCUACAUCUUCAAGACCAUCCUGGCAAAGACCAAUGUCAGCAAGUUUGACCUUCCCAACCGCGAGGCCUAUAAGGACUUCUUUGGCAUCAACCCCAUCUCCAGUUUCAAGCUGCUGUCUCAGCAGUGCUCCUACAUGGGGGGCUGUUUUCUGGAGAAGAUUGAGCGGGCCAUCACCCAGGAGCUCCCCGGCCUCCUGGGAAGCCUCGGGCUGGGGAAGAAUCCCGGUGCUCUCAACUGUGACAAAACAGGGUGUGGCGAAACCCCAAAGAAUCGCUACAAGAAACACUAGGUCGCUGUGCAGCCAUUCUUGGGUUCUUGUUGGUGGAUGAGCUUGUGUCCUAACUGUCUGAGAAGUCCUGGUUAAUUAACCCUUUGAGCCACACUGGCGAGAUUUGGGAGUUUGUUGAGGCCAGUGAUGGGGAGCGGGUGGGUCGAGGGAGGAGAGGAAACUGUGAAUUAUAGUGUCUUGUUGCUUCAGUGGGGGGCCUGAGUGAGGCCCCGCCUGCUUUUCUUGGGUCCUAUCGCAGAGGGACAGAGAGCAGCUAAAUUCUAGUGUAUACUGAGGUGACGAGCGUCAAGCUAAAUGCCGCUGAAAUUCCUUUUUCCCCUAUAAGCUGGGAAAAUAGAGAAGACUUGUCCCUCGUAGCUUCCUUCCACACAGUCUCUCGCUGGUCCUCCAGCUCUUACCUGCCUCCUCAGCUUGGGUUGACUUCAGCAGGGGACAGUCUCUUGGGUCUGAAUCCACCUGGGUGUUGGCGUCUCCCCAGGCCCUCUUCCCUGUUUCCUUGAGGGGUGGGGGGGACUGGUUUAGGAUACCAGAACGCUAAGAGAGAACAGGAGUCCCCAGGCUAGGAGAAGGUUCUGCCUCCCCCAUGCCGUUUUUCCCACGUAGUCUUCUAGGCCAGCUGGGAAGCUCGGUCCCUUGAUUGGCCCCGAGAGGAGGCCGAGCGUUUCAUGGAUUCAGGUCAUUUACUUCUUGGAAGUGACUUCAGUGAAAAUACUGGAAGGGCUCAGAGGGUUAAUUGGUUUGCAGUGUGUCUUUGUCUAUUGCAUGUCUUGGAAAACUCAGACCCCAAAGGUGUUGGGUUUCAGAGGCGACAGUGGAGACCUUGUUCCUUUUCAUCCAGGUCUUCUCUGGGCAGCCCAUCUCCCCUCAAAUGCAGGAGGAGGUGGUUUCCACAGCCUCUCUGCGGAAGAGCUGUUCCCUCCUGGUUUUCGUGCCCUGGCCUUUCCUUCUCCCUCUUCUCCAUUCCCUAACGCGCAACACUCAAAACUCCGAGUGACUGCCCGCGAGUCAGAACCAGCGCCAGCCACCCCGGGUCAGCGGCAACCGAGGCUCGAGGUUCGGUUUUCCACCUGAACUUGAUACUGAUACCCUGAUACCCACCACACGCACCACAGGGAAGCCAGGGCCCUCAAGUACCGAUGAGUGUGAAAGUGUGUGUACCCCGUUGUGCAAGAGAGAUUCGGGGGAGAGCAUACGCCAGAGGGCGUGGAGAAAGCACGUGUCGUGAGGACCCCGCCUGGCUGGUGUGCCACCUCGGAGGGCAGCAGGAGGUGAGAGAAGGAGAAGGCUGAACAGUUUGUGCAGAUCCAGGAUGCCCUGCCCAGGCCUCCCCUGGGAGGGAGGUGUGGGGAGGGGGGGACUUCCCCAGGAGGCCUGGGUCAGGGCCCACCUGACCAGGCAGUCACCUUGGACCAGAAGGAAAGUGAGUGAAGAUGAAGGCAGAGAGGAGGCACUUUGGGGGCGAGGCACAUUGGUGAUCAUAUUAGGUCCACGUGGAGACUUUGGAAUUCCUGCUUCUUGGGAUUAUUAGCACUCUGAUGCAUGCUACAGCAGAUGCUGCUUCUCUGGCUUUGUGCAGGACCUGGAACCUUCCACAGGACAACAGAGGCCCCAAAGCCUCCAGGACAUUGUUUCCAAGGACACAGCCAAGCAGAGAAGCAGGGCCCUGCCGGGGUGUCCAAGGCGCCUAGUGAGGAGGGCCUGACCAGCUGCGUUUCUUCCCGUUACAAACCAGCACGUGCCUCAUCUCCCCGUCACACACCCUCUCAGGAGCUGGCCGUCCCCUCUUGCUCCUUAAUGCUCCUAAUGCCCUCGAGCUGCUCUUGGCGUAUCUGUCUUUCUCAGUGCAGUUGGGGACAGGAUAAGCCCAGAAGUGUCUGGGCGUUGUCACGGCGGCUGAUGUCACUGCUGGUUUGGGGAAGCAGGUGGAAGGAGGCUAAUACAUUCAUAUGGCAUCUCUAUUUUUUUUGGGGGGGGGUGACAUGAUCAGUGUGAUCUUUUCUUUUUGCACCCCAUCCAGUAUUCUCUUCUUACCCCUCCCCUGCUCACUUGUUGACCUAUCUUUUCUCCACGCCGCCUGCAGGCUGGUCCGUCGGUCCUCCUGGGCUUUCAGUGCUGUUUGGGCCCCGCUCUGUGGAUGUGGAUUUCAAGCAGGAUUCUGACUCUCUUUUGGGGUAGGGGGGAAAGGGUAGGGAACUGGGGGUAAAUUUAGGAUCCAGAGAUUCCCCUAAGAGAAGUAUCUGUGAAGUAUUUGUGCCUGAACAGUUGCUGUUUCUCUCCAAAGUGGAACCUUUCCAGGGUUCUUUCCAUUCUGAUUUCAUCAGGGAGGAAGUCUCAAUAAAGUUCCAGUCUCUCUGUGA